AUGGUCCAUCCCACUCUCCCGGACAACUACACUUUCUCGCCGUCGGAAGGAAGCCUUCAUCUGACCAUUAAUCAUGAUGUCGCCGCUGACCUAGACUCGACAAAUGCCUUUGAAGGCCCCGAGAAGCUUCUCGAGGUUUGGUUUUCGCCGAGCUCAACUGCCCUUCCCCCGGGCGUGAAGGAAAAUGGUUUGAAGGCUGUCAGCCCCUCCACGUGGGAGGGCAUGUUAGACCAAGUGAACUGCAAAGUCCUUUCGAUCGUCAAAUCGGAUCAUGUCGAUGCCUACCUUCUGUCCGAAUCCAGCAUGUUCGUUUUUCCGCACAAACUCAUCCUCAAGACGUGUGGAACAACCACCCUGCUGCUUGGCCUACGCCGCCUCUUGCGCAUCGCUGCCGUGGACGCCGGGUUCCCCUUUCAUAAUGCCUCGUCGCUGGAUGAUAUCCACGUCGCGGCAACGCCGUACCGUGUGUUCUACAGUCGCAAGAAUUUCCUGUUCCCGGACAGACAGCGCGGACCCCAUUCGAGCUGGAAGGAGGAAGUCAAAUUUCUGGAUGAUACUUUUGAAAACGGCAGUGCCUACAUGGUUGGCAGGAUGAAUGCGGACCAUUGGUACCUAUACAUGACGUCGCCGACCACCACCACCCUGACUCCCCCUCUCACCCCUCGCUCCGACAGUGGUGGCAGUCCCACUCGCAGCAUCAAGAUUCCCACGGGAAUCCUCUUGCCUGUCAGUGGAUCCGUCGAUGUCGAUGCUGACGAGACGCUCGAGAUUCUGAUGAUGGACCUUGACCCGGAGCUUGCGAAGCAGUUCUACCUGGCACAGGCGAGUGCGGUCGCCAGUGAGCGGGUACCUUUGCAGGCUCAGGAAGCCCGGCGUGUUGCACAGGAGAGCCUGGGUGACAUUGACGAGCAACGCCCUGGUGAUGGAGACUCAGCAUUUGAUGUCUUCGAUAACGGCGCCAAGUCCGAUAUUCCGGGAACUCCGGCUGCAGCUGAUGAGCAAGCAGCGAUUGAGGGUCUCACCACUGAAGGCCACGCGCUGGGCACUGUCGUGUCAGACACCUGCGGCCUAUCCGAGGUGUAUCCCACUUCGAUCUACCGUGACGCCCGCAUCGAUGCCUAUCUGUUCUCACCCUGUGGCUUCUCCGCCAAUGGUGUGGUUCCUGCUCCGGCUGCUGCGGCAGAUGAUAGUAAUGCUAAAGCAGCGCACUACUUCACUGUCCAUGUGACGCCGGAGCCCAUCUGCUCCUACGCCUCUUUCGAAACCAAUGUUCCAGGAGGCCAGAAUGGACGCAAGACUUCUGACGUUAUAGACCAUGUGGUCGGCAUCUUCAAGCCCGGACGGUUCACCAUGACUCUGUUUGAGGCCAAGACCAAGACUGUAGAUGAUGAGAGCAACUCACCCGCCACCCGAGAGGCAAGCCUCAAGCAUCGCAUGGACUGCAUCAAGGGUUACCGGCGCAUGGACCGCAUUGUCCAUGAAUUUGAUGACUACAACCUCGUUUUCCGCUAUUAUGAGCGUGAGGGGUGGGUUGGCAAUAAAAAGGCGAUGGUUGGUGAGGAUCUCUAA